AUGGAGUUCGAUCCCGAUUCGCCCAGCCUUUCCCAAGCGUUCCUUGCAGCUUCCUUUGGGGUCGAGGCGCUGAUCGCGGGCCGGUUAGCGUACAGGGCCUGGAAUCAGAAGUCACCGCUAUGGAGGGCCUUGAGAUUUUUGAGGUGGACGCUGAAGUGGUUCAUCUUGGGUCCACCCCAGUCUGCGUCUGCAGGCUGCGGCAUGAUUCGCAGAGAAGCUCUCGCGCUUCGCUACAGCAUCGGCCGCAAGAUCGUCGGAAUAAACACCGCGCUACUGCUCGUCGUCGUGGUUUCCAUGCAGCUGCGGAUGAUCUUUACGCCGGAUUUGCCUCCUGUGAUUUCUUUUAACCUCUCUUGGACGAUUGUGGGCCACCUUCUCUGGAUGGCUGUGGCUUUUGUGGUGCCUCAGAUCGCACGAAACGACCUUUGGUUCACUUUCUACUCACUGCUGCUGGUGGCCUAUGUGUUGCCUUAUGUCGAUAGCCUGGAUGGGAGUACUCGAGUGGCAUAUAUAGUGUUCAGCCUCUUCCGAUUUCCAGCUAUUGUGAUGGCAAGGAGAGCACAUCUUGUCUUGCUCAGCAACCUUCCCUUCCUCGGGACAAUCACAUAUCGGGCUCUUACGGAAGAGAGCACGGAGACGUAUGGCGGUUUGUCGGCGGUGCUGGGUAUGGAGUUCCUCCACCUCAUGCUCUUAACUGCUGCUGCAUACGUCUUCGAUGCGUAUCUGGCUCAGAGAGUGGAACUCGCCAUGGAGAAAGGGAAUGCUCUAACGCAGCUGAAUGCUGCCUCUGCCCUGCUGCAACUAACCUGUGACGCAGUGGUUGAGUUGGACGAGGAGCUUCGCUUGAUCGAGCAUUCCAACGAACUUGCUGCAAUGCUGCUAAGAGACUCUGUGGCAGGAGGCCGCGGGGGUACCUUGAAAGGUGUGCUCUUCACCGACCUGAUGCCCCCUUUGGACGCCCCGCCGGCCAUUGCGAAGCUCUCGAUGUUCCGUAGCUCGGGGAGCAGCAGCCACGGCCAGCCGGCUCAGGCCGUGCGAGCGCACGCAUUCCACACUCGCCUGGUGGACAGCUGGUCUACGAAACUUCGAACGGAGGUUUUGCAGGUCAUGUACACCAAGAUGGAUGGACAAACUUGCCACCUCGUGGGCCUGCGCGACUUCACGGACAGCAAGCCCUUUGCCCUAUCGAGGGGUCCGACUGGCGAUGGAGAAGAGGCGGAGGAGCUGGCGAGCGUCGACUCCUUCCCCAUUAGCCCGAGCUCCCGACACAGUGAGCAGUGGCUGCCGCAGAGUUUGUAUGGUCGUGGAAUGCUAUUUCUGGAUGUAGAUGUGGAGCGGUUAUGCAUCCACGCGGCAUCUGCGCCCCUUAUGGACCUUGUCGGCUCGGCGACCAGCCACGUCUUUCCCGCGGCCCACACCUUGCAACUUCUGGAGCGAAUCCAUAGCGAGGGGCGGCUGCUACUGGAGCGGGGGGAGCAGCCUCCGUCGAAGAUCUACUCCUUCGAUGAGAUGCCAGCAGUCUUGGGCGGAACGACACCGGAUCCGAUAACCGGGACCAUGCACUUGAUCCAGGCGCAGCUGGGCCUCAACGUUCUCGUGGCCUUCCAGCCCUCCAUGCAGGUCCAAAACUCCAACAGCUCAAUCGUCUCCGACCGGCGCAGCUCACGCCGACUGGCCUCCGUGCACUCUCGAAGCCAGCCUACGAGCCCAAGUCUUGCCCUCCCAACUUUGCAAGAUGUCAUCAGCAAGCGACCGAUUCAGCUUUAG